CAGCGCGAGUGUCCUUGAGCCGGUGGUGAGGGUGGCUCCUGCCGCUCGGGCCCCCUCGCCCCGCAGGGGCAGCCUGAUGCCACCUUCCCUAUGAAUUAUUUAUCGCCGGCCUAAAAAUACCCCCCGAACUUCACAGCCCAGAGUGACCCUCCAGUGGACAUGGGGGGGGCCCUGGGACCAGCCCUACUGCUCACCUGGCUCCUCAGAGCGUGCGCAGGCCCAGGGCCGGGUGAGCAGGCUGUGACAGUGGCUGUGGUGUUUGGUAGCUCGGGGCCCCCACAGGCCCAGGCUCGUGUCCGCCUCACCCCCCAGAGCUUCCUGGACUUGCCCUUGGAGAUCCAGCCCCUCACCGUGGGGGUGAACAACACCAACCCCAGCAGCCUCCUCACCCAGAUCUGCGGGCUCCUGGGCGCUGCCCGUGUCCAUGGCAUCGUCUUUGAGGACAACGUGGGCACAGAGGCGGUGGCCCAGCUCCUGGACUUCAUCUCCUCCCAGACUCACGUGCCCAUCCUCAGCAUCAGCGGGGGCUCGGCUGUGGUCCUCACUCCCAAGGAGCCGGGCUCCGCCUUCCUGCAGCUGGGCGUGUCGCUGGAGCAGCAGCUGCAGGUGCUCUUCAAGGUGCUGGAGGAGUACGACUGGAGCGCCUUCGCCGUCAUCACCAGCCUGCACCCGGGCCACGCGCUCUUCCUGGAAGGCGUGCGCGCCGCGGCCGACGCCAGCUACCUGAGCUGGCGGCUGCUGGACGUGCUCACGCUGGAGCUGGGCCCGGGCGGCACGCGCGCGCGCACGCAGCGCCUGCUGCGCCAGGUGGACGCGCCGGUGCUGGUGGCCUACUGCUCCCGCGAGGAGGCCGAGGUGCUCUUCGCCGAGGCGGCCCAGGCCGGCCUGGUGGGGCCCGGCCACGUGUGGCUGGUGCCCAACCUGGCCCUGGGCAGCACCGACGCGCCGCCCACCACCUUCCCCGUGGGCCUCAUCAGCGUGGUCACCGAGAGCUGGCGUCUCAGCCUGCGCCAGAAGGUCCGCGACGGUGUGGCCAUCUUGGCCCUGGGCGCCCACGGUUACCGGCGCCAGUAUGGGGUUCUGCCUGCUCCGGCUGGCGACUGCCGCAGCCACCCCGGGCCCGUCGGGCCAGCCCGGGAGGCCUUCUACAGGCACCUGCUGAACGUCACCUGGGAGGGCAGAGACUUCUCCUUUAGCCCUGGUGGGUACCUGGUCCGGCCCACCAUGGUGGUGAUCACCCUCAAUCGGCACCGCCUCUGGGAGAUGGUGGGGCGCUGGGAUCACGGUGUCCUCUAUAUGAAGUACCCAGUAUGGCCUCGCUACAGUACCUCCCUGCAGCCGGUGGUGGACAGCAGGCACUUGACAGUAGCCACGCUGGAGGAGCGGCCCUUCGUCAUUGUGGAGAGCCCAGAUCCUGGCACGGGCGGCUGCGUGCCCAACACCGUGCCCUGUCGCAGGCAGAGCAACCAUACCUUCAGCAGUGGGGACGUGGCCCCCUACACCAAGCUCUGUUGUAAGGGCUUCUGCAUCGACAUCCUCAAGAAGCUGGCCAAGGUGGUCAAGUUCUCCUAUGACCUGUACCUGGUGACCAACGGCAAACACGGCAAGAGGGUGCGAGGAGUGUGGAAUGGCAUGAUCGGGGAGGUGUACUACAAGCGGGCAGACAUGGCCAUCGGCUCCCUCACGAUCAACGAGGAGCGCUCUGAGAUCGUGGAUUUCUCCGUGCCCUUCGUGGAGACGGGCAUCAGCGUGAUGGUGGCGCGCAGCAAUGGCACCGUCUCCCCCUCAGCCUUCCUGGAGCCCUACAGCCCCGCAGUGUGGGUGAUGAUGUUUGUCAUGUGCCUCACCGUGGUAGCCAUCACCGUCUUCAUGUUUGAGUACUUCAGCCCCGUCAGCUACAACCAGAACCUCACCAAGGGCAAGAAGCCUGGGGGACCAUCCUUCACCAUCGGCAAGUCCGUGUGGCUGCUGUGGGCACUGGUCUUCAACAACUCAGUGCCCAUUGAGAAUCCACGGGGCACCACCAGCAAGAUUAUGGUGCUGGUGUGGGCGUUCUUCGCCGUCAUCUUCCUGGCCAGCUACACAGCCAACUUGGCCGCCUUCAUGAUCCAGGAGCAGUACAUUGACACCGUGUCGGGCCUCAGUGACAAGAAGUUUCAGCGGCCUCAGGAUCAGUACCCACCCUUCCGCUUCGGCACGGUGCCCAACGGCAGCACCGAGAGGAACAUCCGCAGCAACUACCGAGACAUGCACGUCCACAUGGUCAAGUUCAACCAGCGCUCGGUGGAGGAUGCGCUCACCAGCCUCAAGAUGGGGAAGCUGGACGCCUUCAUCUAUGAUGCUGCUGUCCUCAACUACAUGGCGGGCAAGGAUGAAGGCUGCAAGCUGGUCACCAUCGGCUCCGGCAAGGUCUUUGCCACCACUGGCUACGGCAUCGCCAUGCAGAAGGACUCGCACUGGAAGCGGGCCAUCGACCUGGCCCUGCUGCAGUUCCUGGGGGACGGAGAGACACAGAAACUGGAGACAGUCUGGCUCUCAGGCAUCUGCCACAACGAGAAGAACGAGGUGAUGAGCAGCAAGCUGGAUAUCGACAACAUGGCGGGUGUGUUCUACAUGCUGCUGGUGGCCAUGGGGCUGGCCCUGCUGGUCUUCGCCUGGGAGCACCUGGUCUACUGGAAGCUGCGCCACUCGGUGCCCAGCACCUCCCAGCUGGACUUCCUGCUGGCCUUCAGCAGGGGCAUCUACAGCUGCUUCAACGGGGUGCAGAGCCUUGCCAGCCCCGCGCGCGCCCCCAGCCCGGACCUCACGGCCGGCUCCGCGCAGGCCAGCGUACUCAAGAUGCUGCAGGCGGCCCGCGACAUGGUGACCACGGCGGGCGUGAGCAGCUCCCUGGACCGGGCCACCCGCACCAUCGAGAGCUGGGGCGGCUGCCGGGCGUGGCCGGACGGUGGGCAGCCCCGACGGCACGUCUGCCUGCACACUGGAGCCCACCUGCCGUUCUGCUGGAGUGCUGUCUGCCCUCAUCUCCCACCCUGCGCCAGCCAUCGUCCCUGGCUCCCCGGGGCCUGGGGCCACGGGGCACCCAGGGGCAGGACCCUGGGGCUGAGCACGGGCUGCAGGGACAGCAGGGUGCUGCACGAGGCCCGCCGUGGGGCCUGUGUGACUCAAAGCUUCUCAGCACCAUGCACCUGGAGGCGGGUCUCCAGCCUGGAGUCGGAAGUGUGAGGUGCUGGGCUGGAUCUUCUGCUUGGUCCUGCCGGAAUGAGGGCACCGGCAGGUUUGGGGCUUCCCUGGCUGCUAUCAAGAAACCCUGGCCUGGGGGGGAAACAGCGGCACAUGAUGUCUUCCACGGCCAGCGCAGCGACCUCAGCAGGCUCAAGUCCUGCCACCGGCCGACUGUGGAUGUUCUAUCUUGCGAAGUCCUGUCCAUCCAGCCCAGCACUGCAGGGGGCAGAGGGUAAGGAUCCCAGAGGGUGUCCUGGUCCUGGAUGGAGUCUGCCAGUCUCUACUCAUGGCUGCUGUGGCCAGGGGGUGGGGCACAGAAGCUGGAACUUGGGAGUUGAAAUGGGGCCGUUUCCACCCUUGGAGUUUGUU